AAUGAGUCACCAAUAAGUGGAUACAGCGGAUUUCAAGUAUUUUGAGUGACGACCUACGUGUUAAUCGGUUGACAUUUCACGAUUCCCAUUCUGUAAUAUUUGGAACUGCGUUUUUCAGCUUUCUACGCUCGUUUCCCAGUGACAGAGGUUUGAAUUUCGACAUCAACGGCGCAACGUCCUCUUCAAGAAAUAUUGAAAUAUAACCUCUGCACUUGAAGAAUACACAAGUCAGCACAAUGUGCAUACCCGAAUUCACUUCCUGCUUGUGUUGCAUAUCGCUGCGAACGGGUUCACUUAUUAUCGGAUGGUUCUAUGCUAUUUUCAACAUCAUAGAAUUGAUAGGUUUCUCCAUAGAUUCUGGCAGCCUCUUUAAAGAAAUAUUUCAAAAUUGGAGGAGAACAGGUUUGACUAUUGUGAGGUUGAUGAUCGUUGAAUAUUACUUCGUUCUCCUCAUUUUCACGAUUUGCGCAAUUUACCUUAUCGUGGGAAUCAAAAAGGAUUCACCCAGAAAAGUACGAUAUUUUGUGGUGGCGAGUAUGGUAUCAAUUCUUAACAGCAUCAUCUUAGGUCUAAUCAUAAACCUAUCACCUUUGAAAAAAUACUCCGACAAGCUUAUAGACGCAUCGAUUGAUCAAGCGUAUAAUUCACAUGUCACGGUUUUUGGCGUGACACUUGUCGAGCUCCUGAUUGAUGUGUAUUGCCUCCUGGUGGUUCAUAGUUAUUACAGACAGAUGAGGCGAGAGGGCGCCACUGUCUAAGACGUUGGAACUUGGGAAGCAUCACCAAGGGAAUGACUCCACUUUUCGCCGCAUACUUUUAUAUCACAUGCUAACAUUAUCACAUUCAUCAAAUCAGUAGAUUUUACAUUUUUAUGCAUAAUUAAAAUAAUCACUUGUGCAAAAACAUUUUUUAUGUAAAUAAAUUAUGAGAUAGAGA